UCUGAGCAAUAAAGAGAGGUUGGUGGUCAUGUAAAAAUGAAUCAUGACUGUUCUUUUCGUACAUAUCACACCAACCACGCAAAUGGAGAAUAAAAAAGUCAAACUAAAUGUCCCGAGCAGACGGGGAAGUCCAGAAAUCUGAUCAAGGAAGUGCUUUUUCGUUGUCGCUGUUGAUGAGACUAUAUUGAAAGCGAAAGCAUUUCAGACCUGCCUGCCUACAGCAGCUGCUACACGCUCUCUGCUUUCCUUGAAGAGCUUGUAUCUGGAAACAUGGCUUCAGCUGUUCUCCUGUUCCUCACUGUGAUGCUUUCAUCUGUACAUUUUGGAGCAUUUGCUGCAGCACUGAUCAGUCUGGAAUGCCAGCCUGCAGUUGGAGUCGUUGGGCAGAUCACAAAGAUCUCCUGCUCUUUCAAGAUGAAUUUUGGCGCAGAUCAGAAAAUUAUUAUUUCUGCAGGGGCUGUAACUAAGAGAGGAGAGACAGAACCACUGUUCUGGUUUAAGAAUAAUACAGUAGACGGAGAUGAUCGAUUUAAACUUCUUUCUAAAAAUGAUCCAUCUUUACUGCUCAGUAGCACUGCUGUCUCUGAUGAAGGUCUGUAUGAUUACACUAUUGUAACCAAUCGUGGCAUAAUAGAAGAUGGAACAUUCAGGAUCAGCGUUACAGCUAAAUACAGUAAACCCACCAUGAGCUCAUGGCGAAAAGAGAUCGAAGAUGGUGGCCCUGCUGACCUUUACUGCAACGCUAGUGGCGGCUAUCCAGCAGGAGCCAUUCACUGGUUUGACAGCACCAACACCAACUGGACGACGAGCGCCACACUGAAGAUCACAGAGAGAGAGGACAAACUGGUACAUCUGUCCAGCAAACUGACCUACACCAGCAUUGACUCGAGCUGGGCGCCUUUCAGGUGUGUCGUUCUCAACAGCAAAUUCGUCCAAGAAGGAGAGGAAACGUUUCAACCCAAUAUAAAAGGUGGCAAAUCAGACACAUUUUCAGGCAAUGACAGUGAGUUCAAAAUGGAGACGAAAUAUGUCGCUCCGAUUGUUGUCAUCGGGUCUCUCAUAGUCGGACUCCUGCUGGUGCUCCUGUUACGCGGAAGAUGCAGCCACCCAGCCCGAAGACCUUCUACUGUACCUAUUCUGAGUGAUUUUCGUGACGUGGAGUCGGGUGCUGCCGAGGAUGUGACGAGAGCCCUGACCGUGGAGGAGAAGCCGACCAAAGAAGUUACCGAGAUGAAAACAUGAAUUUUCAAACGCGAUUUGCAGUCGGCUACAUUUGCAAGAAAAUUAGCGCACUAAUGAGACACUGCUGUUUUCAUUCUGUAUUCCUAGGACUGAGCUUCUUCUUCUUUAAAAAAAAAAAAAAUCACUUCCUCACUCAUUCCUCACCAAAUGUCUUUCUCUGACAUUUGUGGAUUGGAGUGUGAUGUGUGAGACUGUGGCCCGCUGCAGUUUGUCCUGAUGUUGGUAGAAAAGCUGUUUCAAUCAAAGCAAAUGUAAAACUCCACUGGAGCCACAAUAUGGAAAAUUCCUGUCAGUAACAUCGUCCAGCCUGUGAGAAUGAUAGUGAAACAAAUAGUGUGGAGUGAUGUUUUGGUGUCCCUUACAGAAAAACCACGUCAUUUUCAUAUUUAACCACCACACAUGCAAAAACGUGAUCAUAUGUUAAAACAUGACAAAACAUUAACACUGAAACUGUGCAAAAAAAAAAAGGAUUGCAUGUGAAAAUUAUGUAGUAACGUAAGUUUUGACAAGCGUGUGAUUAGGGUUUUUUCACUUUUUUCAUGUGAUUAUGUUUUUCUGUGUGUGACAACACGUGAUCACGGUUUUGUGGUUUUUACAGCUCACGUGAAAUAUGUGACUUUUUUGUAAGGGCGUUUCAACUUAAAGUGUGUUUUAAACUGGCUUAAAAUUGUGAUUUCAUUUAACUUAAAUAUAAAAUAAUAAUCAGAACUAUUAGAGGUUCAGUUCGCUCAAAACUUAAGGCAGACGGCUGAGUUUAAUAAGUUUAGUAAAAUCAAAACAGCACUUAUAUAGUGAGAGAGUUGAGGAAGAUAUUAGCUGGUGAGAAAAUCUAAAAUCUUUCCUUAAACAAAAAAAAGCAUCUAAAGCUUUCUGUGAUUUUGUCAUUAUGAUUUUAUCUUGUAACUUCUGCUAUCGCACAUCAAUAACAAACAUAGCAGAUCUUCUGGUUACUUUUAUCAAUAUUUUCACUUUGUGACUGUUACUUUAAGGGUAGUUUUUCCCGGACAGGGAUUAAGUCUAUGGACCACGGUUUUCCUUCUGGUGGAGAAUCUUCAUUCAAAAUGCUGUGUAAAACCAUGACUAGACUAGGCUUAAACCCUGUCCAUUAAAAACUAAGUGCAUCUGGCACUGAAAAAUUCCAAAAUCUCACUGUAAAUUUGAAAAUUAAGUUAUUCAGUUAAAUUCAAUUAUUGUGUGCUCUUCUCUGUUGAUUGACUUCACUAUGUUCUACACUAUGUUUUAUAAUGCUAGUGUGCAUUUAGUAGGUUGGGUGUGCUUGGUUUGAAAACUAGAGUAUUUUUGGUCGGGCUUGUAUGAUACAUAGGAAUCGUGCUACAUAUUUAGCUGACGCAGCUGCGGCUAAUUCUUUAUCAGGUACUAUACGUUGGGAGCCCUUUUAGAUAUUAGCGCAAGAAUAGUAGAACCUCUAUGGCUGCACUGCUUCAGUGCACUUUGCUAAAUCUUCCCCAAUAAAAAUGUACCCAGUUUUCCCUCUUUACCCCAAAUGUAAUGUAAUCGAGGUGAUUAAAUAUAGACCAGCCAAGACAUGUUUUGUGUCUGAAGUUUGCUUCUUUAGUUUUAGCACUGGUGCUAUGAGGCAGCUAAUGGAAACUUCUGCAUGCAUAAUUAGCAUUGUGCUAACCAUCACACGCCUCAAAACGUGUGGAGCUGUUCAGUAUCUCUAAUAGGCUUGAUUAUAGGGUUUCUGAGACUGUAUAAAUCCAUGUUAUCUAUAAACGUGGACUAAACUGAGGCGGCUGCUACUGGUUUUAUCAAUCAGGCAUGCUAAUGCACAAUGCUAAUUAGUGUGUUAGUGAUUAGCUACAUUAGCCUCAUAGCUUCAGUGCCAGAGGAAUGUCUUCCAAAAGUACAUUUUUUUUUUGCCAAAGUAUUGAUCCAAAACCAGCUGCCCUGUGGAAAAAAUACUUUGCUUUCUAUUGGGAAUUUGUUUAAUGGUUAGCAUUAGAGGCCUCUACUUUCCUGUGGAACACCUUUGGAUCCUAUUAGGAAACAUCUGGAAUCAGAACAGCUGUAAAACUCUCAGAAUCCUCCACACUGUUAUUUCAACCCCUCAGGAGAACACAGAACAUCAUUAAUGACUAUCAGACUCCACCAAGAACUAGCAGAACCUUUUAAUGGUUUCUGUAAUUUUUUCUUAUCACAGGAAGACAAUAACGGUAAAGCCGCAGCUUUUAGCACUGUAGGUGCCAAAAUGUACCCUAUUAUAAGAUUAUUAUUAUUAUUAUUGUGUUAAAGCAACAAAAUCUGUUGAGGGUAAUAUUUCCAACAGUUUUAUGAGGAAGGAACAUAAAAUUACCAAGCAGUCUUGGGGAACAUGCAUAGCACUUUUACUGACCAGUACUGUCUGGAACGUUUUGGUACAUUGGAAGCCAGUAUGUAGAGUAGAGAGGGCGAGAGACGCUGUGUGGCAUUUUUACUGAAUGAUCAUAUUGUAAAUAUUAUGAACUGUAAUAUAUCUACUCUUUGUGUAAACUGUUCCUAUGAUUGUGUAAAAACACAGAAAAUAAAUCAGUUUUGGGAAACUGAG